ACUCACUUUCAACAUGUUGUCCUCAAAUGUGAAUGACAUUGAAAGUGUAAUGAAUUUCGUAUUGUGGAAUGUGAUGUCAAAUUUCCAGUAAAUGAAAUAGUCAGUGAACUCUGGAUUCACCACUGUACCAUUGAGUUAUUGUUACAUGUUUUGUAAUUCACUUAUCUUUUGUUUGAUAACUUGAAAUGCAGCCACCAUCUUCAUUUCACUGAAGAUUGUCCAAAUCACAAUUCCAUUGAAGCAUGUCAAGGCGCAGAGUCAUCGAAUACAACCUGUAUUUGGUGUGAAAGAGCCAAUAUAUGCAUUGCUAGCAAUGAUAAGGAUGUUCGUGACUUCAAAGUAAAUGGUUGCCGGAAUAAAGUAAGCAGUUGGUAGACUUCAAAGAUUGUUAUUAGUAUUACGAUAUUCCAAAUCGCAAUCUUUUUUUCGGAAGAACAUUUGCAUUGUUACGAAUAAGUGAUGAUUACUAUUGUGCCCUCAGUGCAUAAAUCAAAGUAACUCAUACGAUACUUGAACACAUAUGAAUGCAAUGCUCUGUUUCCAUGUGGACAUUCAACAAUGAAUAGAAGAGUUCUUUAACACUAAUGCCUGGAAACAUGUUAAUUCUUUAGCUCAUAGAAUGUGUAGUAAAUCCUGAUGAUCAAUAUGAAACCGCAUGUCUACGUGAACUGUUGAAGAAUACAGAUGAAAUCAGUUUGAAUGAUGAAGCGUAAUCUGUUCAAAAUUGUGUAGCAUGCUCGGAUAAUGAGUGAAAUUUCGUAGACAUCCAUUGUUGAAGUACAGAACAUGUAUUUCUGAUUCCUUGUUGAGAACUGUGUACCCUGAAUGGAUUGCUUCCAUAAAGCCGUCAGUCAUGAAUUUGUUGAAUAAUGUGUAGAUUGUGAUAAGAUGUGACAUCCAGCAAACAAAUUUCAUCACCCAAACAAAAGCCGUCAGUCGGUUGUUGGAUAAUGUGUACUUAUCACAUGGAGUGGUAAAUCGGUAGCAGAUAUUCAAAAUCACUAUUCAUUGAUCGUAUUGUGCAAAUGUAAAUUAUGUAACUAAUUGUUGAAUUCACUUGUGUCAUCAAUACUGACAAUGGUGUAUAAUGAAUGAUGGAAUAUUUGAUAUUUAGUUAUAUUGCCACUGUCACUUUCUUCUGAAGAGCUCGAUAGUCAAGGUUUCCACUGAACCAACAGUUAUCGAUCACGCUCAAACAACUCUAGCCAUGACUGAAGCAGUUUUAUGAAGUGAAUUGAAGAAGACAACUCGAAAAACUGAAUCACAUUCGGUAAGUAAUUAAUAUUUAGUAAUUAUUGUACUGUUUCAUUUUCUUUUUUCAGAAUAUGAAUACAGAUAUGACUGAAGACAAUGAGGAAAGAAAUCUCUCCAAUACAUCUACAUCCUUACAAUAAUAGUUGUCUCAUUCUAUAUUGUAUGCAUUGGCUGUAUCAUAGGUCUAUGAAUGUAUAGAAGGAAGAAAAUUAAUCCAUGAUUGUCAGAAACGUCUUAUCACUUGUCUUCGUCAAGUUGACUGUGUUAUUUUCAUUUUGUACUUUAGUAAACACACUUUCUAGUAUGUGGCUCAUUUCGAUAAAUUGAAGAUUGUUUCAUGAACCUGCAUACCACAUUCAUGAUUGUUUACGUAAUAACUGAUUGAAUUUUGUUGGUAGAAUAUAUCAAAUAUGCCUUUCUGUAUUGACGUGAUUGUUUUCAUUUAAUAAAAGCUGAUUAGUUUUACAAGAGUUUACAAUAUUGCACUUGUCAAUUAACACUAUUGUGUAAACAUGAUUAUAUGACCAUUGCAAUCCGCAAUGAGUUCGUUGUAAAUGUCUAUUUCUGUUGAAGUCUCACCAUUGAAAAAUAUCAUUUAUGAAAUUGAUGAGGUUUUUGGUGCACCAAAAUUUGGAUCAACUCAAAUGUGACAGUAUAGUUGUCACGUUCAAAUGUUAAUGUUAUAGUAUACCAAUUACAAUUGAUAAACACAAAAUAAAAUAAUGGAACGUUACUUAAAUCAGCAAGUUUUCGACUGUUCACACUGCAUUUGUUAUCAUCAUCCACAAUUGUAGAUAAUUAUUAGUUCCAGUAAGGUUAUUGUAAUUGUAACAAUAUAGCCAAACGUAGAAUAAAAAUGGAACUAUGACUGUAGUCUAUAAAUGUAGAUAAUACAUAUUUUAUAGUUUAAUUAUCAUAACUACAGGACAUAAAGAAUGAACGAUGUACGUAUGUGGCAGUAGUUUGUUUAUGAGUGGUUAGUAGAGUGUAUCUCAUGCUAUAAUCAAUUCAUAACGGAAGAGAGAAUGAGUUCAAGGUCAGUCAUUGAAACAACUUUUACAAUUAUUUUAUGGUAAAUAUACAAACUAUAAAAAUGAACAAAAUAAAUACAAAUAACAUCAACAAAAUAAGUUUUUCACGCCUUAUAUCGACAUAGCUGUCCCCUCCCCCCGUCACUCAGAGUGUCCGGAGGUAAGAUUGGGUAGCAACAAAAAUAAAAUGCAAAAGUAUAGUAUAUGCAUCCAUGCCUGGAUGCAUACAUACAAAAUAAUAAUAAUAGUAAUUACAAUAAUAACCAAAGAAACGUGAAAAUUGGCACGUAAUAACAUGUAACGGUAAAAAUGAAUAUUUCAACAUGCAUAUAAACUAUAGACUAUGACAUGAACGCUAGUAAUACACAAUGUGUUAGUGUAUAGGAUGACAUAGAUGGAGUAUAGCACGACAUGAAAAGAAUGAAAAUACGGUCAGUGCCUUACUUACGUACUUACUUACGCCUGUUACUCCUCGUGGAGGAGCAUAGGCCGCUCACCAGCAUUCUCCAUCCAACCCUGUCCUGGGCAACCCUUUCUAGCUCUUUCCAGUUGUUAAUCACCCUUUUCAGUUCUGAUUUUUUUUACCGACGUAGUAUGUUUUUCGGCCUUCCUCUUUUCCGUAUCCCUUCAGGAUUCCAAGUUAGGGCUGACCUCGUGAUGCAGAUUGACGAUUUCCGUAAUCUAUGUCUUAUGCAUUUCCGUAGUCUUUUCCUAAUUUCCUCUUCACCUGGAAGCUGGUUUGUUCUCUCCUAGAGAAGGCUGUUGCCGAUAGUAUCCGGUCAAUCGAUGUUGAGUAUUUUGAGUAGACAACCAUUUAUAAAUACUUGUACCUUCUUCAUGAUGGUUGUAGUAGUUCUCGAAGUUUCAGCUCCGUACAGUGGAACUGCCUUAACGAUCGUAUUGAAGAUUCUCACCUCGAUAUUGGUUGAAAGUUGAUUUGAGUUCCAUAUGUUCUUCAGCUGUAGGAAUGCGGCCCUUGUUUUGCCAAUCCUCGCCUUUACGUCUGCAUCUGAUCCUCCUUGUUCAUCAAUGAUGCUUCCCAGGUGUGUGCCAGGUCAGUGCCUUAGUUUGCUAAUAAUGAAAUAGUGAAAAACUGUUGACAAAUUCAUCAAACAAAAAUUGGAUUGUUUUUUAUUUUUAUAUAAAAUUAUUAAAUAAUUUCAGAAGGGGCUUUUGUGGAUAGUAUAGUAAUUUUAACAGUUGAAAUCAUGAGUCAAUUAAGGCUAGGCUAUCAUGGAAAACUUGGAAGCACUGAACUACUCAGUAGUGUGCAUCCAUGACCCCGCCUCACGAGAAUCAAACCCAGGAACUGCUGGUCAUGAGAGCGAUCGCUCAACCAUUAGACCACUGAGUUGGCAUCCAACAAUAUGAAAUUUCCCUGGCCGACGAGGAUAUAUCAUAUAAUAAAUAGCUAUCUGGAAUUCACUCAUUUGUUAUAGUGACGAAGCGAGUAAUUGUAGGGAAAUAUAAUGGAUUAUAUACACGUUGUGUGGAAAGGAAACACUGGUCGUUUUAAUUAGGAAAUUGAGUGAGUUUAAUAGUAUACUAUAUAUCAACGAUUAUUUUGAUUUAUUACUCAGCGAAAUAGACGUAACUCUGUUAUUAUUUUUUGAGUUCAUAUAUUGUUUGGUCCACCACAGGUUUCUUUAAAGCUCUACCUGGAUGUGUUAAACAUGUAGGCUUAAUGCUCGGUUUUUCAUCCUCCUUUGAUCUCGUAGUGAUUAACGGGAGGGGUUGUUUAUCUUUAGUGAUAUCCUCUUUGUCUUGUUGAUCUUCGUAGAAGGUGUCGCUUCAGUUCGAUGUGUAGCGUCGUGUCGUCGAGAUUAACUAUGAACACCGCUACCAAGAAACACGUGCCAAGUAAAUCAGAAGGCGAAGGUUGGACGUAACCAAAUAAAUCCAUAAAAUCCCCGAGAAGCCAAAUAUCAGAAGACAGUUAAUGGACCAAAUCGAGAUAUAUUCGCUGGCGAUCACGUGGUAUCGAAAGGAUACCGAGAUCGUGCCAGGAUACAAGCUUGGUUACAGAACGUGACCGAAUUCGCGCGAAGUCACAACCAGAAAGUGUGAGAAUAAGGAUGGAAGCACAAUACAGCUGUCAUUAGCACAGUCAAACAAAAGCACAUUAAAAUAAACACUGGUACAGUUGGUUAUAAUAAUAAUUGUUUUUAUUAAACCAGUCGUGUUCUCGUGAUAAAUGUGAGUCACUACAGACGUAUCAGCUUGUCCCAUCAGAAAGCGUUUCAAUCGUUAGUGAAAUCUUUCGACAUGACUAUUAGCUACUGGAUAAUGAGCUGUUGUUUUGAUGUGGUUUACUCCCAGAAGUUUGGUAAAUUCCUGGAAUAGGACGGAUUGAAACUUAGGACCACGGUCUGUAGUAACAAUUGAGGGUACUCCGUGAUUUCAUAUCCAGCGACCGAGGAAUACGGCUGCGACUGUCUAUGUGGAUGUAUCUUUGGUAGGACAUGCUAUUGCCCAUCUUGUAAACCUGUCCACUACGGUAAGAAUAUGUGUGAAGUUUAAUGGUGACAGGGGACCAACUAUGUCUAAAUGAAUAUGUUGAAAGCGUUUAUCAGGCAAUGGAAACUUCCCGAGGGGACUAAUUAUGCGUCUUUGAACUUUGCUGCGUUGAUAUUGCAUGCAGCUUCGUGUUCACCUUUUUACAUCCCCAGAUGAUUUUAGGCCAGACGAAACGUUCCGUCAUGAGUUUUGCCGUAGUCGGGAUUCCCAGAUGUGAAAGUUCAUGUAACUGUUGAGAUAUCUGUCGCCGACAAGUUUUUGGUGUAAACAGGCGGUUGUCGCCAUUUGAAACGUCGCAAAUGAUAGAUGAGUCUGAGAAAGGAACAGGCACAGGCUUGAGAAUCAAGUUAAACUUUUCUUUGCAGGUUUUCAGGUCUGCAUCGUCUACUCGUGGUUUCGAGACUAGUGUCGUGUUUGUGUACCAGUAUGUUGAUAUCCUUUCUAGAUAAGGCAUCUGUGAUCGAGGUUCGUAACGUCAUCUUCAUAGUGGGUCAAUAUAACAUCUAGUAAGGGUGAUUCAGAAUCCGGGUCGUACCUAGUCGCUUUUUUCACAUGUUGCACCAGGGUACAUGUGAUAAGAUUAAGUCCCGUUCAUUAGGAGAUUUCAAUACCAUAUUAAGCAUCCUGGUUUGAUCUAGUUUUAAAUUCGCUUGACUACCUAGUCUAUACACCUUUAGCAAGGUUACUCUGGAAAUAUUUUGAGGCAUAAGUCGAUCUAGUAGCAGUUUCAUUAACCUAAUGUCAUGCUCAAAAUGAGUUUUCGGUUCAGAGAUUUCACUCUCCUUGAUUCUAUGAAAAGUAACUGACCUGUCACCGUGAUCAGUCUUCAAUUCUUGACUACAUUGAAGGAUAGGAUUCUCCUUUACAUCGUUGUCGUUUCUUGAUUACGACCUGUACUCAUUCGUCAAAUUUCAUUGGAGUAGCAACUACAGUCACGUCAAACAUACUGUGCGAUUCCGAAUGGUUGUUUCCUGCUAGAAACAGAUCGAGCCUUGCGAUUGCGAUUUCUACGCGUUUCCUGCUAGAUACCGUGACUUGAUUUUCAGUCCACCAUCACCACAACCAUCUUAAGACGAGAGAUAAUGAACCGUUUAUCAUUAUCAGACGGUCGAAUAAUUCAAUGGCUUUCCAAGGAGAAAAAUUAGGUGAUAAGUUGCCGUCACAGUUUUUACGUCACCUCAAAGUCUUAGUGGGUGACAAUACAGUGGGUGAAGUAGUCCUAAAACACGAAUGGGUACAAGCUCACCAACGCUACGUCCAACAAUAUUUGGGUACACAAGAUCCUGAAACCUCUUUAUCUCAUUCAGCGCGUAUAGCCGAUAGAAUAAUGGAAAGUGGUCCUCCAACUGGGUCAUGCACGAUAAUUCACACAAAAAGAAGGAUAACCAAAAGACCCAGUCAUAGGACUAAUUGCGAGUGCUAAAAGUCUCACUGAACCUGUCAACAGAAUGCAAAUGGGUCACAGAAACAGGAGCAUGUCACUACAACGACCAAGACCCAAGUCACAAAUGUACAGACAAUUUGGGCAGUUCUGUUGAUAUCACUGGAAGUUUGGUGUCAACUCAACGAAGUCCAUGCAACCAUGCGCCUGGCCUAAACAGAAUCCCAAGAAUACGGGAAACAAAUAACCCCUCCCCAGGUUGCGACGACUGAGGAGGGGCGCCUAAACAGUCGCUUGUUUUAUGUUGGAUACAGAAACUCAGGCUUGAAUUUCUUGGUGGAUACUGGCGCUGCUCUUAGCAUCAUCCCUCAAAAUAAAGCUGAGCUGAAGUCGAGAAACAUCAUCAAUUACACUUCAAGCUGCCAAUAAAACUAAAAUUGCGACAUUUGGGCAGAAAACUUUAACCCUAUAUUUGGGGUUCAGGAGGCAAUUCCCCUAAGUUUUCCCUGUAGCCAAUUUACAUCUUGCAAUAUUGGGGAUGCACUUUCUAGAGAGAUGCGAAUUUCUAGUUGACACUAAAAAACGACGCUUAACACUGGAAGAAACUUCGAAUUACACAAAAGUCAAAGAAAAUCACAUCACAUCUCUCAACUUCAUACAAACUCCUCCAGUAACGACAGCAAAAUUUCCAAACUUAACUAAACCGAACCUAGAGCCUUCCAAAGGCAAACUAAAAGUAAGUCAUAUGAUCAAAACCGAAGGUGCAUCUGUGUUUGCAAGAGCCAG